AUGAGAGUAAUUGGAGCGCUGGUUCUUCAAUUUGCAGGAAAAGAGGAAUGGAGAUAUUCCCAGCAACCAGAAUUGAAUUACACAGCAGACCAUGAAAGAGAAGCCUAUGUAACAGUUCUUCAUUCCUCAGAAGAUUACGUAUGUGGAGCAAUUGUGUUGGCACAAAGCAUAAUCCAAAGCAACUCCGCAACAGACCUUGUUCUUCUUCAUGAUAAAUCGUUAACUGACAAAUCUUUACAAGGGCUUCAAGCUGCCGGAUGGAAGACGAAGCGAAUUUCACGUAUUCGCAGCCCGUUUUCCAGAAAAGGCUCCUACAAUGAAUGGAACUACAGCAAGCUUCGCGUAUGGCAACUCAUUGAAUACGACAGAGUUAUUUUUAUCGAUGCUGAUCUUCUUAUCUUGAAGAAAAUCGAUAAGUUCUUCUAUUUUCCGCAGUUAUCAGCCGCAGGGAACGACCGUUCGUUGUUCAACUCAGGGAUCAUGGUGAUCGAGCCAUCUCUGUGCAUGUUUGAGAAGUUAAUGCUGAAGAGCUUCAAGGUGGCUUCCUAUAACGGAGGCGACCAAGGUUUUCUGAACGAAAUUUUUACAUGGUGGCAUAGAUUGCCUUCGAAGAUUAAUUAUCUCAAGGUGUUUAAGCUUGACAAGCAUGGCAACGAUGAACAUCAAAUCCCGGAAAAUCUUUACACGAUUCAUUAUUUGGGAUUGAAGCCAUGGCUGUGUUACAAGGAUUAUGAUUGUAAUUGGGAUAAGGUGGAUCACCAUAUUUUUGCGAGCGAUUCAGCUCACAAGAAAUGGUGGGAAGUUUACGAUGCCAUGCCCAAGAAGUUGCAGAAAUUUUGUGCACUAACAAAGCACGGGAAUUGGAGGAUUAAGAAGUGGAGAGGGAUAGCAAGAAAUGCAAGUUUGGUUGAUGGACACUGGAAGAUCAGAGUGAGAGAUCCUAGACGAUACCAUCUUGUUGAAUAA